UUUAUGGACCAGAAAAUUUCCAAAGGCUUCUCUCUCUCUCUCUCUCUCUCUCUCUCUCUCUUUGCGAUCUUGACUAAUCAUACAAGACUCCGGAGCUCGCAGUGCAAUAAUGGAUUUGAAUCCCUCCACUUUGUGUUGCCAAUCUGCCAUUCCUCAUUCUUACUUGCUUGUGUAUAUCAUACCAAAUUAAAGAAAGUCCAGCUUGGCCUUAUGUUUGUUUGUGUCUCCCCUCUCGCCCACCUCACCAAUUUAACCCCAUAAAACGUGUCUCAUGUUUCCUACACAAAGCAACCCUCUUGGUUUGUAUGGUCAGAAUCCAUUAAUCCAAAGAUCUAACACAACCCAUUCUCACUCACCAUCUUUAGGUUUCCAUUUAUGCUUUAGCAUUCAUUAGAGGGACCAUUCAUGCAUGCAGCGAUCGGUCAUGGUUUAACUGAUGGUUUUCAAACCCCUUUCAAUCUCAAAACUUCUUAUCUCCUGAAGAUGAGGUGAAUCUAUUGUUUGGAUUUCUUAUGCUCUUUUGGCCCUUCACUCAGAUAUCUCUGGAUAACAGUCGCCCUACCCAAUUUUGGUUCUUCUAUAUAAAUCCACCUAUCCUUCCCUUUGUACCUUUGUUUGCACUUCAUUUUCUUUUCCUAUUUUUCCCCUUUUGGCUCUCCAUCCCCUAAUCUAUUUUCUCUUCUUCUUUUGGCAUUUCUAUUCGUUUUGUCCAUUUCUGUUAGAGAAAAAAAUGAUAUACUGUCACAACUACAACCAUGUUAUUCCUUGUCUUCAUUGCCACCCACAUAGCUACAUUAGGAUGGUUCAACAUCUGAUCGAGAGAUGUUUGCUGCUUUACAUGAACCGACAACAAUGUGUCAAGGCACUGGCAAAGUAUGCAAGCAUUCGGCCGUGCAUUACAAUUACAGUGUGGAGAGAGCUAGAAAAGGAGAACAAGGACUUCUUUGAAGCAUUUUCAAGCUCUCUCUCCCUACAGGCCUUUUAUGGGUACAUUCGAAGGAAACCGAGUUAUGAAAGGAAGAAUCAGUACUGGAAGUGAAUGACAAAUUCACAAUUAAUUGUUGCUGAACUGUGUCUAUAUUCCAAGCAGUGCUGAAGGCUUCUUUGUGCGGAAUGUUGGGAUUUUGAGUUUUCAGUCUCCUGAUCUCUUCUCUGCCACCAAGAAUGAAUGAAUCUAUAUAUGAUAAAUGUACUAAGUCAAAGAAAAACUUUUUUUUUUUGGUUUUUCUAUAAACGUAGAUGGGGGGGUCUUAUUACUUGAUGAAGCGAUUAUAAGCUGAUGGAGCUCUUUGCCUCUUCUCUGGCGCUGUAAAAUUGGACUAAACUAGUAUUAGAAUUGGAACGAUGAAACAGUUCUCCCUUGUGUUACAUCCAAGUUUUAAAAUGGAAAGAAAGGACGCACGCUUGUUGACUGUGGGAUUCACACGGACUAUAUCUUCUUCUCCAUUAUCGGAAGAGCUCAUCAACGAUGGGCUGCGCCUGUCUGAGGUCUUCCUAUGGCCACCCACUUCUUCUGAAACUGCUUCUUCUUUUGGCUGAUUGACAGAAGCUCACAUAUGGUAUAUAAUAUGAUGUUAAUGAAACUGAUAAUCAUCUAUAGUUAAGAAA